AUGGGGCAGGAAUCCAGCGUGCCAAGGCUGAACAGAGAGCAGGUUCGGCCAGUGACUAGCGACGACAUCGGCCUGAAGGUGCUCCGCGAGGCAACACCAGAGGCAGCCCAGAGCCCUGACAUCGUUGCGAUCCACGGCAUCGGCGCCCACCCGGACGACAGCUGGUGCAAGAAUGUCGGUACGAAGGAGAUCCCGCGACGGGUCAACUGGCUCGAAGAGGAAGACAUGCUUCCAGGGGUAGUGCCGAGUGCGCGCAUUAUGCGAUACGGAUACGAGUCGAAGUGGUUCGGAGAAGGGGCGAUACAACAGAGGGCGUCAAGGGUUGCACAGCGGUUGCUGCUGGCCUUGAAGCGGGAAAGAAAAGAGUACUCGUUUCGGCCGCUGAUCUUUAUAGCGCACUGCUUCGGCGGGCUGGUUGUGCUGAAGGCACUCCUAGAUGCCCGACAGGUUCCAGAUGAAUGGCCCGGCAUAUACACUUCAACCACGGGCUUGAUAUUCUUCGGCACGCCAUUUCGGGGCGCCGGGGGGAUGAGUCAGAUAGAGAUGCUCGACGCGGCCCGCCGGGAGUAUGAGGCGGAAGAAGUGCAGCCGGACGUUCUGAAGAUACUGGAGCCAGGGAACGAGUUUCUUCAGGACCUGGUCGACCAAUUCGGGAAGACGCGGACAGAGGCGAACAAGACUAUGGUUGCAUGCUUCUACGAGCUCAAGUCAAGCAAUGUUGGAAAGAUUGUGGGCAAAGAGGACCGAAUCGUGAGUUUAGGGAAGGAGUCUGCAUUUCACCAAAACUAA